UCAAAAGAAAAGCGGCUCUAAAUCUCUCCUCAUAGUCAACCACCGUGCCCUAUAUCUGCCGCCGUGCUGUACCUUAGCGUCACCGGCGGUGCCUCGAUCCUGCCGGCCGACGCCGACGCCCCACGCCCCCCAUCCCCACCGCCACCCCCACCCCCGGCUCCGAACGCCCCCCCGCCUCUCACGCGUCGCCGCGAUCGCCGUUCCCGUUCUCCCUCAUCAGCAACAUCGGGUCCCUGCUGUCUCCGCCCCGUCCGCAGUCUUUGGGCAUUGGUUUUGAGAUUUAAUGAGCUGCAAACCCUUGGAGACUUCCUUGUAGCCAAUACAGAUAUCUGUACUCGAUUACAACAAGGAACAGCUGGAGUGUAUAGCUGAUGUCUGGCCCACCUGUUUUUUCUGUGUUACAGGGUAGCAAUACAACCCACAGCAUAAAAGGGCAACAAAUCUCAAUGAUUGGGAAUGGUCAUUCUUUUCAGCAAGGGGUGUAUGUCAUGGACCCUUCUUCUUUUAACCAAGGUAUUUAUGCUGAGAAGCAAAGCAGUUUCGCGGAGCGUGCCAAUAUGAUACAGUUAAAUAACUUCAUGGCAGACAAUUCUUCGCCUGCUGGAAACCGCUGCCAGAGACUUGGGUGUAAUGAAGUUGUUGAAGGCCAGACAGCGUUCUGCAAAAGCCACCGUUUAGGCCAACAAUGCCAGAUGAUUGGCUGCCCUCAGAUCCCACCAAAUGGCGUAGCUUUGUGCAUGUCCCAUGGUGGAGGCCAUCCUGGUUCCAGUGCAGUACCACUCACUGAAUCUGAAGGUUCAAUGAAGUACGAAGGAGAUGGACAAUUUAGAGUGAUGGAAAAUGCUAUGGGUAGCACAGUCAUGCCUAAUCCUGAUGGCGAAGUUGUGAUGUGCAAGUACGAAGGAUGUAGCAAACGAUCCCAGGGAAAUACUGUGUAUUGCAAGGUCCACAGUGGUGGUUCAAAGGCCUGUAUGGUUCAAGGUUGUACCAAGGGAGCACAUGGAGGCACUCCUAUGUGCAUUGCUCAUGGAGGAGGCAAGCGCUGUUCCGUUGCUGGAUGCCGCAAUGCUGCAUGCGGAAGCAGUCAAGGUCGCACUGACUGCUGCGUGAGGCACGGUGGUGGCAAGAGGUGCAAACAUGAUGGAUGUGGAAAGGGUGCUCAAGGGAACACAGAUUUUUGCAUUGGACACGGUGGGGGGAGGCGGUGCAAGUUUGAAGGAUGUGGAAAGAGUGCACAAGGGCGGAGUGAUAACUGCAUCAAACAUGGUGGUGGCAGACGCUGCAAGUUUGAAGGAUGCAGCGCCAGCGCAAAAUGGGGUGUGGAUUUCUGCUCUGCACACAGGAAGAGCAUGCUGGGUGAAGGUGAUACUGCCGAUGGAGCACCAAAGCCGAAACGUCGGGCCAAGAAGUCUGGGACGAAGAAGGCCGAGAGGGCCAAGAGGGCAAAGAAGACGGUUGAUCCAGCUGGUCCCUCCAGCGGGGAUGUUACCAUGCCCGCUGUACUUUCUGCUGACAUGCCCGAGAUGGGCGCUAUCCAUGUCGCCGCCCCCGUUUCGGACCGUCCCAAAUCACCUGAGACCGCUAUAGGGCUUCAACAGCCACCGCUUCAGCUUCAAGAACCACCGCCGCUUCAGUCCCCGGCUCCAUCUGGAUUGGCCGCCUCAGCAGAGGAAGGUCUGCCAGCAACAGGUAGUGUAUUCUUUGGUUUAUAGAAAUCAUACUGUCCAUGAAGAUGAAGGUUGUCUGCAUAGAGUUGUCAAACUAAACGGUUGAGUCUGUUACAAAGUGUUGUCCUGCGGAUCUUAGGAGUUUAGUGAUCCAGUGUCCAUAUGAACUUGAGUCCUGUGAGUUGACUAAAUGGUUGACUGUGAGUUCUGUGAGUUGACUUAAAAAGUAUAACUGCACAUUGUGGUUUA